CGCAUCUGAAGACUUCUUGUCUUGAGAGGAACUCUGAAGCUCCGAAAGGUUGGUUUCGGGUUGAGAUGGACGGUGAUUCGGGUUCGGAACCGAAAUCUCCGCUGUUGUCAAAGAGUGAUGGUUGGAGGUUCAGUGAGAGCCGCAGACGCGGCCGACUCAGUCGCCGGAAUUCAUCAAACUCGCUCAGGAACGAGUUCAUUUCAAGGUUGCCCGAGAAGAUCCGCUCCGGCAUCGACGUCGAGUCUCCGUCUCACCUUGACCUCUCCAAAUCCAAAGGCUUGAGCGAAGGAGAAAAGGAAUACUACGAAAGACAAUGGGCUACACUGAAAUCCUUUAAGGAAGUGGACUCUUUGAUGACAUCGAACUACAUUGAUCAGGAAGACCUUGUAGAACAAGCUGAACAAGCUGAACAAGCCGAACAAGCCCAACAAGAAAUGGCAAUGAGAAUAUCUAACUAUGCAAAUGUCGUGCUGCUUGCAUUUAAGAUAUAUGCUACAAUAAAGAGUGGAUCCAUAGCUAUUGCUGCAUCAACAUUAGACUCAUUACUAGAUCUCAUGGCUGGUGGCAUACUUUGGUUCACUCACCUAUCAAUGAAAAACAUAAACAUCUACCAAUAUCCCAUUGGAAAAUUGCGGGUGCAACCAGUAGGCAUAAUCAUCUUUGCAGCUAUCAUGGCUACUCUAGGCUUUCAAAUAUUGAUCGAGGCUGUAGAAGAACUCGUUAAAGAUAAAGCUUCAGAUAAGAUGAGCUCAGACCAGUUGAUCUGGUUAUACACAAUCAUGUUAUCUGCUACUGCGGUAAAACUCGCACUCUGGCUUUACUGCAGAACUUCUAGAAACAAGAUCGUCCGUGCCUAUGCAAAUGAUCACUAUUUCGAUGUGAUAACGAAUGUGGUAGGCUUAGUUGCUGCUGUUCUUGGAGACAAAUUUUACUGGUGGAUUGACCCUGUUGGAGCUAUUUUCCUUGCGGUUUACACAAUUACCAACUGGUCUCAAACUGUUUUAGAAAAUGCAGUUUCUCUUGUGGGGCAAUCUGCAGCUCCUGAAGUUCUGCAGAAAUUGACGUAUCUUGUGAUAAGGCACCCUCAGGUCAAGCGUAUUGAUACUGUUCGGGCUUAUACCUUUGGAGUUCUUUAUUUUGUGGAGGUUGAUAUUGAACUCCCAGAAGAUUUACCCCUGAAAGAAGCUCAUACCAUAGGAGAGACUUUGCAGAUAAAGAUCGAGAGGCUUCCUGAAGUUGAGCGGGCGUUUGUUCAUCUGGAUUUUGAAUGUGAUCACAAGCCAGAGCACUCUAUUCUCAGUAGGCUGCCUAACAGUCAGCCUUGAUCCUCGGUUGCUGUGGACUCGUCAACUUUUGUUCUUCUACAACACCCUAUCAUCUUCUGCCCCAACUGAGUAUUUGCUAAGCUUUCUUCUUCACAGAAACAAAAAGCCUGCAUUUCAUAGUUGAGCUUGCGCACCAAGAGAUUUAAUUUCUCUAUGUAGAAUCACAGAUGCCAAAGAGAGUAUGUAGAAAACGUUGGUUCUUGUGAAACAGCGAACAAAAAUGAAUUAGUAUCUGAAUUUUGACUGAAUGAA